AUGAAGAACUCGAUUCCAUCUGAUGUGUGGGAGAGGAAGAAGGCCCUUAUCGCUCAGCUGUACAAGGAUGAGGAGUGGCCAUUAAAGCAGGUGAUUAAGAAGAUCCGCUCCGACGACUUCAAUCCAAGUGAAACCCAGUUGCGGAGCAGAUUGAAGAAAUGGCGGGUCACCAAGCCUUCCCGCCAAACCCGCAAGAAGUCGAACGAUAGUCAACAGGAGGGGUCCGGCGAUGACAGUGGCCGUGAGGGCGGCUCUCCCAAGCAUCGAGCUGCCAUUGUCUCCCCCAAGUCUCGUGCGACUGCAACGGAUCUCUCUGUGUCCGAAUCAGAUUGGUUCAUGAAUGGGUCUUUUGCACCAUCAGAAGAGCUGCCGGUCACAGUUCCCCUUGAUCACGCUUGGGCCCCUGUACUGGCGCAACAAUCACCAUUGAACCAGCCUAACAAGCAGAGGGAUCCAUCCCGUGCUUCGAUGACAUCGCCCUUGCUCGAAGAUGUGAUGGUCAAUCCGGCUGCGAGUUUGGCACCCACCUUCCAGGAACAUGCUUAUGGUUUCACCACCGAGUCUUGCAUGCAAACACCCGUGUCAUCGUCAGCCCCAACUGCUCCAAUUCAAUGGUCAAUCCCUCAAUGGUAUUCGAUGCCUAUGGCGCCUGGCGCCCAAUCCCUCCCGAUGCCUUUCUAUAGCUCAGCACCGUUGAGUCCUCCGAUCGAUCCUGCUAUGCAUCUUAUGUCUCCUCCCGGGCCACCGCGGGUAUUUACGCCACAAACGCCACCGACAGCCAAUAUCUCAAGACAGCAGUUGUCUGACUUACACGACGAUAGCGCGCAAUUAUGGAAGCGUACCAUGUCUGCUCCUUAUGUCCAUGAUACCGCUGGCGGUCAUCCGAGACUGGAACAGAAGGGCAUGCAGUCGACAGCGUUGGACAGAAAGGCAUCACUCCCUUCCAAGGCCACAAAUCAGCAUGACAUGGGCUUAAUGACCCCUCCGCCCUCGUUCUUCCCUCACGGGCAGCAUUCCGCGAUGUGUGCACCUAUCUAUACCUAUCCGGGGACUGAGACUCUUGUUCAUCGACCACCCAGUAUUGACUUCUAA